AUUUGUCCUCUCCAAAAUCUUGUGUAGUGUAAUAACGGUGUUGAAGGAGGAGGAGGCGACGCGGUGGAAAUGGAAAUGGAAAUGGAAAUGGAUGUUCCCGAACAAGUGCAUUCCGAUCAUCAUUUGGAUAUUGAAAUUCCGGAUACUGCACAUCAGAUUAGCCACGAUUCGUGGUUUCAAGUGGGAUUUGUUCUCACAACGGGGAUAAACAGUGCCUACGUGCUAGGAUACUCCGGCACCGUCAUGGUUCCGUUGGGUUGGAUAGGCGGCGUUGUUGGACUUAUUCUAGCCACAACGAUAUCUCUGUAUGCGAAUUCUUUAGUUGCCAACCUUCAUGAAUUCGGAGGAAAGAGGCACAUCAGGUAUAGGGACCUUUCAGGAUUCAUAUAUGGUAAGAAAGCAUAUGCGCUUACAUGGGGACUCCAGUAUGCGAAUCUCUUCAUGAUCAAUGUCGGAUAUAUUAUUUUGGCCGGGAGUGCGCUUAAGGCUGUGUACGUUCUUUUUAGAGACGACAAUGAUAUGAAGCUCCCUUACUUUAUUGCUUUAGCUGGCCUUGCAUGUGGUGUCUUUGCCAUUUGCAUACCUCAUUUAUCAGCGUUGCGUAUUUGGCUAGCGUUCUCUACGUUCUUCAGCCUUGUAUACAUUGUUGUAGGUUUCACACUCGCGCUUAAAGAUGGCGUUAAUGCUCCUCCCAGAGAUUACAACAUUCCGGGACCGAAAGUAGGUAAGAUUUUCACAACUAUCGGUGCAGCAGCAAACCUCGUCUUCGCCUUUAACACAGGAAUGCUUCCAGAAAUACAGGCCACAGUGAAACCGCCCGUUGUUCAAAACAUGAUGAAGGCUCUGUAUUUCCAGUUCACAGUCGGGGUUCUGCCAAUGUAUGCCGUUACCUUCAUGGGAUACUGGGCUUAUGGAUCUGAUACGUCUGCCUACUUGCUCAACAAUGUUAACGGUCCAAUCUGGGUGAAAACUUUUGCUAAUAUCUCUGCUUUCUUGCAAACGGUCAUUGCUUUGCACAUAUUUGCAAGUCCAAUGUACGAGUAUUUAGACACAAGGUUCGGUAUAAAAGGAAGCGCUCUAGCUAUGCGCAAUCUGUCUUUCAGAAUCCUCGUGAGGGGGGGCUACUUAGCUGUCACCUCGUUAGUAUCUGCGUUGCUGCCAUUUCUGGGAGAUUUCAUGAGUCUAACCGGGGCUGUGAGCACAUUCCCGCUCACCUUCAUUCUUGCAAACCACAUGUAUCUCAUUGCGAAGAAGAACCAGCUUAGUUUUCUGCAGAAGAAGUGGUAUUGGCUCAACGUCGUCUUGUUCGGAUGCAUGUCUGCUGCAGCUGCAGUUGCCGCCUUGAGACUCAUCGUUGUACACUCAACUACUUAUGACGUUUUCGCCGAUUUGUAAAUUUCUUAAAGCCUUUAUUUUGUGAAAUUUGAUAUACAUAUCCAAACUAGAAUAUCAAGGUUACGAGUACAAUAUGAUUGUAAUACAUAUGUAGUUUUACCUUUUGUUGGAGAGGAUCACGAAGAUCACGGAGGAUAUUCUCCAAAUUACCGAAGAUGUGGGAGAAUUAUAUUCUACCAAAUUUAGGAGAUACCAAAUCAAUGUAAUUAAUUGUCUUCUUCCUUGUAUAGCCUAUCCAAAAUCCUAUAUAUGAGUGCCUAAUGUAAAAUACACAGAUCUGUGAAUAAGAAAGAAUUUCUUUUACCGAUCAAAGCCUUCGUUUAACAUGGUAUCAGAGCAGUGUCGAUCCGGUGGAUCGGUCACUAGCUUGACACCUUCGGCAGAAAAUUUCACAGAUACAAAAAGUAUGAACAAAAUCCAAAUACCUCAGAUUCUCGAUUCUGAAACACUCCUUGAAUACAUAUCAAAGUUGAUUGCUCAAUACAAAGAACAACAUACCACCGCUGCUGGGCAAGAACCGACCGCCGAGAGAGAAUCGGUCCCUCCAGCCACCGAAAGAAGAUUAGCAACACAAGCAGCCGCCGCCGCCGCUAGGAGAGAACCAGCGGCUGCCUACGCCGGAAAAAAACUUACCACCACUGUCACGCGUCACCAACCGCCGUCUUAUGCCGAAGUAGUAUCCAAUUUCGGCACCUAAUCUUCACCACCUCCGGCCGACGACUGGUGGGGAGCAGGAAGAGAAAUAGACCGGAAGAAGGAUGGACAACCACGAAAUCAGGAUGGAAAUCGUGGGGAAACGACCGGUCGAGAACCAGAGGUGAAUCUGGAGGGCCCAACCGACGUUUCCGCUAUCCGGGGAGCCGGCAAUUUCGCCGGAAGGGAAGAAACGGCAGCCGAACAGAGUAACAGAAGGGGACUGAGAGAGAGGGAGAGUCAUGGCUACUCCAACCACAACCGAGUCCGUGCAGUGCCUCGGCAGGAAGAAGAUGACAGUAGCGGUCACCCACCGCU